AUGGUGGAGGUGCUUAGAAAUAGAAGGAGUUCAUGGCGGGGUGUUGGGUUGUGGCGUAGGAGGAUAGAGGUGAGAGGUAGCUCGGCUCUCAGCACUUGUGCUUGUAAGAGGCUAGUGAGUUGGCCUGUAGGAGUGCUUGGGUGGUCGGACGUUGUCCUAUGGGGCUUAUGCUUAGGCAAGAGGCUACGAGCAAGGUUAAGGUGGCUUGAUGAGCGGGAGCAUCGGGUGAAGGAGGCUGGGUAA